AUGACCAACAUCCGAAAAAAUCACCCCUUAAUAAAAAUUAUAAACAGCUCAUUCAUUGACCUCCCAACACCAUCCAACAUCUCCUCCUGAUGAAAUUUCGGUUCCCUUCUAGGAGCCUGCCUAGCCCUACAAAUCAUCACAGGGCUAUUUCUAGCAAUACACUACACAGCAGACACAACAACCGCAUUCUCUUCCGUCACCCAUAUCUGCCGCGACGUAAACUAUGGCUGAGUUAUUCGCUACCUUCACGCUAAUGGAGCAUCCAUGUUCUUCUUAUGCCUGUUUAUCCACAUCGGCCGGGGUUUAUACUAUGGCUCAUUCACUUUAUCUGAGACCUGAAAUAUUGGUAUCAUCUUACUAUUUACAGUAAUAGCUACAGCCUUCAUAGGAUAUGUCCUCCCAUGAGGACAAAUAUCAUUCUGAGGUGCCACAGUAAUUACAAAUCUUCUCUCAGCAAUCCCAUACAUUGGUACCAAUCUAGUAGAAUGAAUCUGAGGGGGUUUCUCCGUUGAUAAAGCUACCCUAACUCGAUUCUUCGCCUUCCACUUCAUUUUACCUUUCAUCAUUGCAGCCUUAGUAAUAGUCCAUCUUCUAUUCCUUCACGAAACAGGAUCUAAUAACCCACUAGGAACUUCAUCAGACUCCGAUAAAAUUCCCUUCCAUCCUUAUUAUACUAUCAAAGAUCUACUAGGAUUAAUACUUCUUAUCCUCCUAACAAUAACCCUAGUACUAUUCUCCCCCGACUUAUUAGGUGACCCUGACAACUAUACACCAGCUAACCCUCUCAGCACUCCACCCCACAUUAAACCAGAAUGAUACUUCCUAUUUGCCUACGCUAUUUUACGAUCCAUCCCCAAUAAACUAGGAGGAGUACUAGCCCUAAUAUUUUCUAUCCUAAUUCUAGCAAUCAUCCCCAUGCUACACACAGCCAAACAACGAAGUAUGGUAUUCCGCCCCCUCAGCCAAUACCUAUUCUGAAUCUUAACAGCAGAUUUAUUCAUUCUUACAUGAAUCGGAGGUCAACCCGUCGAACACCCCUUUAUCACCAUUGGCCAAAUAGCAUCUAUCCUUUACUUCUCUCUCAUUCUCAUUAUGAUACCAGUAGUAAGCCUUAUUGAAAAUAAGAUACUUAAAUGAAGA